AUGCGUGGCUUGACCCACGAGACAUCCACCAACCUGUGGGAGCACACACACAAGGGCACGGUGAAGGUGCCGGUGCGAGGGAGUAACUGGCAGGACAUCCCACGCCGCAUCAUCGAGGAGGCGGUGCAGCGCGCGAUAGCGUGGGAGGUGUCCGCGGACGCAGGCGACAACAUGCAGUAUGUGACGGCGCUGCGCGAGGCCGUACGGACGAGCAAACCCGUCCUCACGAAGAAAUUCCGUCCUGCAAAUGUGGACGAGGACCUGGACGCGGUUAUGUGGGUGUACCGCGAGGCACAUGGGUCCGACAUGGACGCAUUCGCAGGGUGCAUGAGGGCGGUUGGCAUCCCGUCCCCAUCCACCGCGGUGAGGGCUGCGUUUAUGCAAUUUCGUGUGGCAUGUGCACCACUAUCAUCGGACACUUGA